GGUGGGGGCAAUGUUAUACCCGUACAUCUGCUGUCCCUAGUCUCUUUUGCUCCUCUUGCUCCUCUUGCGUCCACAUUGAUUGCCGCCUUUCUCUACAGUCCGAUUUAUUCCGCGACUUUGAGAUGUUGUAAAUGGUGCCUCUAUCCUCGACCGCACGCUUCGCGGUCUUGACAAUCUUUAUCAGCCAGGUGGGCGCAACCUGUUAUUAUCCGAACGGCGACUCAGAUUCCAGUCAUUUUCCUUGCAGUUCUAGCGGGAUAAGCAUUUGCUGCGCGGAGGGCUUUCAGUGCCUUAGCAAUGGACUGUGUGCGGACUCGAGAUACGAGAACUGGGGUCGGGUCUUAAGAGGAGGGUGUACCGACCAGAGCUGGGGGUCGGGUUGUCCCUCAGUGUGUGCUGACACUUGGCCCCAAGGCGACGGGACAGUACAAUACUGUGGAAGCGGGAAGUACUGCUGCGGUGGCUCAGAAGAUUGCUGUACCGAUAGCAGCGUGGAGAAGGUGGAUCUGGGGGAACCCCAGGUGGUAGCCAUCGCAGGCGAGAGUACUAGCAAUAUGGGAGUGACGAGCGUGCAACAACAAGACACGCCGCAGCCUACGAGUAUGCCAGCAUCCGAGCAGCAGCAAACCCAGCAACAAGAGCCGCAGGCUCCAGGCCCGCCCUCUUCCAAUUCUCCCUCGUCGGGCUAUGGCACAACGACGGGAAUCCCAAGCCCAUCAGCAUCAGGCGCCGUCGUUACUCUGACAGGCUCUACCGGGCUCGUAACCGUUACCCUCGCAAUCGAUCGCACCAUUUCCCCCUCCGCGUCAUCCCCUGCGCCUGCAGCAACAGCCACGCAAACCAUAACCGGCGAAGCGCUCCACCGCGGUGCCAACAGCACGAUUGCAAUCAGCGUGGGAGUGGGAGUAGGCAUAGGAGUACUUCUGUUCCUCACGGUGUUCGGAGCAUGCUGGUACAUGCAGCGCAAGAAGCGCCGGCAACGAGGCGUAAUGUCCGGAGAGACAGGAGACGAAGCGGUGGAUCCCUUUGAGCGGGUUGACAGUAGAGGGACAGAUGCGGGAAAGAAUGAUCAUCCGUACGGGAGGGGUUCUGGAGUACUCUACGAGUUGGAAGGGCAUAGGGCAAUUGAGUUACCGGCUAAUGGGGAUCCGAGGGAGAUGGAUGGGAGAGGGCUAGAUAAAGAAGAGAAGGAGAUAGAGAUGACAGCUCGGGCAUUGUAGGAUGGGCCGAAUAGACGCCUAAAUGAAAAAGGAGAUACCCAGGCAUGGCUUGCCUUUCUGCACUACGGCUAAUGUGUGGUGUAGGAGACGCUCCUCAUACCAGCCCAGUUCAUACACGCCUACGGCUUUUUGGAAUUCUAAGAGCGUUUCAGCAGUUUUCACGUCUGGGCACUCGACCCUAUAGUCG